CUGCGAAUUCAACCCUUUUCUUCCAUUUCCGUACAAAAAUGGGUGCCUCUGGAAAAUGGUUCUCUUCACUUUUAAAUUUUAAAUCGCUCACACAUCCCUCUAAUCAAGGGAAGGUGGGAGGUAAGACAAAGAAGAAAUGGAGGUUGUGGAGAAGCUCAUCGGAAGGGUUGGGAUCCUCCUCAUCCAAGGGUCUCAAGUUGCGUCACGUGGCUGCUUCAGAGGCCUCCGAUUCAUCUUUGAUGGUGGAUGAUGUGCUCGCUUCAGCUAUGGCUACCAUUGCUCGUGCUCAACCCAAAGAUUUCAGAGCCGUAAAGCGAGAAUGGGCCGCCGUUCGUAUUCAGACUGCAUUUCGAGCCCUGUUGGCAAGAAGAGCUCUAAGGGCCUUGAAAGCAGUAGUAAGGAUUCAAGCUAUAUUCCGAGGCCGUCAAGUCCGAAAGCAAGCUGCUGUGACAUUAAGGUGUAUGCAGGCUUUGGUUCGAGUCCAAGCUCGAGUGAGAGCACAAUGUGCUAUACCGUGUGAAGGACAAUCUAUGCCUAAUGAAUACCGCAGAGAUGCUGAUCCAGCCAAACUAGCUGAGGAAGGAUGGUGCGACAGCACCAGAAGUUUAGAAGAAUUAAGAGUGAAACAGCAAAUGAGGCAUGAAGGUGCAACAAAGAGGGAGAGAGCAAUAGCAUACUCUGUCUUAAACCAGCAUUCAAGAUCAUGUGCGAGUCCGAAUGGGAGGGUGACUGGCAAGAAUCAAAGGCUAGACCGGAAUAGCCCCAAUUGGAAUUGGCUUGAUCGUUGGAUGGCAACCAAGCCUUGGGAAACCAGGACAGUGGAUGAUAACAAUUUUAGUUUUCACUCCGGCUGUUUUGAACACGAGUCCCUGAAGGUGAAAAGGAACAGUGUUACAACCAGAAUUCUUGUUAGGCCUCCUGCGUCCAUUCAUACAUCGGGUUCACUGUCAGCCCCGAGUUCGGGGUCCUUCUAUGACGAGAGGUCAACAUCUACCUCAUCUGCGUCGGUAUCUCCAACUACAUUGUCUAGCAACACUCCGGUUGCAGGCACAUUACAAGAUAAUCAUACUAAAAAACCAAGCUACAUGAACCCCACAGAGUCUAUCAAAGCUAAACAGAAGACGUUCAGCCUUUCUCCGGAUAUGCGGAGGAGACAUGUGUUUGAUGAUGAUCUACAAUGUUUUCACAAGAAAUUGAUGACACUUUCUUGCGAGGACGACACGAGAAGCAGUGCUGAUUCAAAUCCAUCGCUAAAUUUCUCAAGAGAGUUGCGGGGGACAAGACAUAUGGGUAGACAAGAAGAUUGCCAGAGGAAUCAAUGGCGUGGAAGAAGACGACAAGGAAAUUCUUUUAUGUAAUAUAUAUAUGUGUAUCCUGCAAAUGACUUUUUUGCAGUGUUAUGUAACUGAAACAAGUUCAA